AUGUUGGCUCGCCUUUAUGAAUUGAAGGAAGAGGUAUGGUGCAGACAACGUAUUGUCUUUAGUGACGAGUCUCGAUUUUGUUUAGUCAUGCACGAUGGUCGUGCCAGGGUUAGAAGGCGACGUGGUGAAAGGAGGAAUCCACAGUUUUUUGUUGAAAGACAUGUUCAUCACAUUGUUGGAGUUAUGGUUUGGGGUGCUAUAGCUUAUAGUUCCAGGUCACCUUUAAUCUUCAUCAGAGGUAACAUGAACGCGCAGCAUAAUGCCCGACCGCAUGUUGCAAGAGUCACAAUAGACUUCUUUCAACAUAAUGAUGUCACAUUGUUACCAUGGCCACCAAGAUCUCCCGACUUAUCCCCAAUUAUGCACGAUUUGCAACGUCCUCCUCAGACUCUAGAAGCACUUCGAGAGAAGUUGGUGGUUGCCUGGAAUGAGAUACCACAGGAGGACAUUGACCACCUGAUCAGAAGCAUGCCUAGGCGCGUUGGAGAAUGCGUAGCACAUCAGGGUGCAUCCACACUUAUUAAAGGUCAAAGGGCUCUAAAGCAGUGCAAUCAUUUUGAAAUUUUUAUCAUUUACUUAUUAUGCUUCAUUAAGUACUUAUACAAAAUUUUAUUAAAAUUUAUAUGUCACUUAGUAUAUUACCUGGUACUUGUAUUUCUUGCUAGCAUUGUCGCUACGCUAUGGAAUCUUAUCUCGCGCCUUGAAGUUCACAUGUUAACAUCCUCUGUAUCAGCGUAUUAUAUUUCUACUGCAUUUUACUAA